CCACCUCUAAUCUUUUCCCAGUAUUAUAAAAGAAAAGAAAAACAUAUAUUAUUUUUUCUCCCUUAUCACCAGUCCUAGUCUUUGCCUGCCAUCAUCAUCAUUAUCACCAACCAACCCCAACAACAGCGGCCUCUACUUAUCAUAUUCAUUUGAUUAUAAAACUGGCUUGUUUUCAUUUGCUUUUUACUUGGGGUGGUUCUUUUGUUUCUGGGGUGUCUUGUUAUUAUUUUCUGUAAAAAAGAGAGAGGAAUAGUUUUGCUGGUGGAUUGGGAGAGAAUGAGAGUGAGAGAGAAUUAUGCGAAUCCUUUGCGAUGCUUGUGAAAGUGCUCCUGCUAUUGUCUUCUGUGCUGCGGAUGAAGCUGCUCUUUGCCGUGCCUGUGAUGAAAAGGUGCACAUGUGCAAUAAACUUGCUAGUCGACAUGUCCGGGUUGGUUUGGCAAAUCCCAGUGAUGUUCCUCGCUGUGACAUAUGUGAAAAUGCACCUGCUUUCUUUUACUGCGAGAUAGAUGGAAGUUCCCUUUGUUUGCAAUGUGAUAUGGUUGUACAUGUUGGAGGUAAAAGAACUCAUGGAAGAAAUCUUCUAUUAAGGCAGAGAGUAGAGUUUCCAGGGGAUAAACCUGCUCAUAUAGAUGAGACCAGAAGAGGCCAAAAUCAUCCACGUAAAACACCUGUUGGAGAGAAGCAACAAAAUCACAAGGUCUCUCCUGUUCAUGGGGCAGAUGCUGCUGCUGCUGCUGUUGGCCAUCUUGAAACCGAUACUAAAAUGAUAGAUUUAAAUAUGAAGCCUCAUCGAAUACAUGGGCAAGCCUCAAACAAUCAGGGGUAAUAUCUGCAAUUAUUUGUUAAGGAGUGUGACUAAGAGGCUGUCUUGGUUGGAACUUGGAAGCCCUCUGCUUUUCAUUUGCAACGGCGAUGCGGUUGUUUCAAUAUCCAUGGAAAGAUUCAAAACUAUGUAUGAGGAUUGUAUGACUUCUCAAUCAGAUUGCAGAAUCGGGCUGAGAGGAUAGAUAUGUAAAAUUCAUAAAAGGGUGUUGGAGAUCUUCAUAAAGUUCAUGAGGUCAAAUGGAGGAUGAUAGAAUUUAAAACAGAAAAUGUUGUACCUUAAAGAAUAAUUGGCUUGUAUUAACAAAGACUGAGAUAAUAUUUUUGGAAUUUCUCCAGAAGAUAAUGAUCUCAGUGCUAGUUGAGUUGUUUUAGUUCUUGGAAGUAUUGACAGUUUCAUUGUUGACAAACAUCUGCUUGGUUUUUAAGUCCAACUGAUAGAAUUCAUUGAUGAAUGGUACAUUUGUGGAUUCCAUAAUGUUAUUAAACAGUCUUGUAAAUUUUUUUUUUGUUUGACUUCAUAAAGCAAAUAGGACUAUUUGAGAA